GUAUCCAUGGGGCCAGGAAGCCUUUGAUAAGGCAAAGCGAGAGGACAAGUUAAUAUUUCUGUCAGUUGGCUAUUCAACUUGCCACUGGUGUCAUGUUAUGGAACAAGAAUCCUUUCAGAAUGAAGAAAUUGGUCAGAUUUUGAAUGAGAAUUUUGUGUGCAUCAAGGUGGAUCGUGAAGAACGUCCAGAUGUUGAUAAAGUUUACAUGACCUUUGUGCAGGCAACCAGCAGCGGAGGUGGUUGGCCAAUGAGUGUAUGGUUGACUCCUGAUCUCAAACCAUUUGUAGGUGGAACUUAUUUCCCACCUGAAGAUGGAAUUUAUCAGGUUGGCUUUCGGACUGUUCUGCUUCGCAUCCUAGAGCAGUGGAAACGGAACAAAAGUACCCUUUUGGAAAACAGCCAGAAAAUCUUAUCUGCACUGUUAGCUAGGACUGAUGUUGGCGUUCGAGGGGAUGAAGCACCCCCUUCCUUAAAAGAAGUGACAACCCGAUGUUUCCAACAACUAUCAGAGACUUAUGAUGAAGAAUAUGGUGGAUUCUCAGAAUCUCCCAAAUUCCCUACCCCAGUUAAUUUGAAUUUUCUCUUCUCCUAUUGGGCUCUUCAACGGUCAAACACUGAAGGAGCACGAGCACUUCAGAUGGCCCUGCAUACACUCAAGAUGAUGGCAUAUGGUGGUAUUCAUGAUCAUAUUGCACAGGGGUUUCAUCGCUACUCAACUGACCAACGUUGGCAGGUCCCUCAUUUUGAAAAGAUGCUGUAUGAUCAGGGUCAGCUGGCGGUAGUUUACGCCAGGGCAUUUCAGAUUUCUGGUGAUGAAUUCUUUGCAGACACGGCAGCAGAUAUUUUGCUUUAUGUUUCUCGGGAUCUGAGUGACACUUCAGGAGGGUUCUACAGUGCAGAGGAUGCCGAUUCAUAUGCUACAGUCCAAUCAGAGAAAAAGCAAGAGGGUGCAUUUUGCGUAUGGACAGCUGAAGAGAUUCGACAGCUCCUGCCAGACCCAGUUGAAGGGAUCCAAGAGGAAAAAAUUGUGGCAGAUGUUUUCAUGCAUCACUAUGGAAUGAAGGAAGAUGGCAAUGUGAAUCCAAUGAAGGACCCUCACAAUGAAUUAAAAAGAAAAAAUGUUCUGAUAAUGCAAUAUUCCCUGGAACUUACAGCUGCCCGAUUUGGACUGGGGCUGGAAGAGUUGAAGACGUUGCUAGUUAAAAGUAGGCAGAAACUAUAUAAGGCACGAACUCAGAGGCCACGGCCCCAUCUGGACAGCAAGAUGCUGGCAUCCUGGAAUGGACUGAUGAUCUCUGGCUUUGCUCAGUGUGGAACCAUCUUAGGCAAGAAAGAAUACAUUGACCGAGCUGUAUGUGCAGCUUCCUUCCUGCAAAACCACAUGUUUAAUGCCAGCAGUGGAAAGCUCCUAAGAACCUGUUACCAAGGACAAGGCAACACAGUGACCCACAGUUCUGUGCCUAUCCAUGGAUACUUAGAGGACUAUGUCUUUGUAAUCCAAGCACUCUUUGAUCUAUAUGAAGCCACACUGAACCCUAGCUGGUUGGAAUGGGCUGUGCAGCUUCAGCAAAAACAAGAUGAACUCUUUUGGGAUCCGAAAGGUUUUGCCUAUUUCUCCACAGAAGCUGCUGAUCCUUCCUUGCUCUUUCGCAUAAAGGAUGAUCAAGAUGGUGCAGAACCCAGCCCCAACUCUGUUGCAGUUUCUAAUCUGCUCCGGGCAGCGAGCUAUACUGACUGUGAAGAAUGGGUGAAGAAAGCUGGGCAGAUCCUAACUGUCUUUUCAGAGAGACUUGUGAAGAUUCCUGUUGUCCUCCCUGAGAUGGCUCGAGCCACUGCUGCAUUUUAUCUGACACUCAAACAGGUUGUCAUUUGUGGUGAUCUAAAAGGAGAAGAUACCCAAGAGCUACUGCACUGUUACUAUUCUACUUACACACCUAAUAGGGUGCUGAUUCUUGCUGAUGGGGAUACAACAGGAUUCCUCUACCAUCAGCUUGGUUUCCUCUCCUCUCUGGAAAAGAAAGAUGGAAAAGCUACUGCUUACGUCUGUGAAAAUUUUACCUGCUCACUACCUGUCACCUCCAGCCAGGAACUACGUCGCAGGUUGCUGUCCUAAAUUAAUGCAUGUUGCUGUCCUAAGUUAUUAUCCUUGGUAGUCCUCAGAUUGCAAUAGAUUUGAGAAGGAAGAGGCCAACAUUGGCAGUGUGGAUCUUAACAAUAAAAUCAUCUUCAGUAUAAGCUGGCCCAGGGUCAAUUUAGUUUGCCUCCCUCUUGUUUUAAUAGCAUCCUCUUCCUUAUCACAGGAAUAUGCACAUUCAGUUGUCUUGAAAUGUAUUUAUUAUUUGAGGACAAGGCAAUGUGUCUUAAGGGGAUUUGCAACCUGCAUUUUCAAGAUCCUGAAGACUGAAGUUUAAUUUAAAAUAAGACAGGCAUUUGAUUUCUGUGUAAUCUCAGUUCUUGUGAUGCGAUAGAGCUUUGAGAACAAUGUUCAUUCUCAUAUGCUGUAUAGAAUCAGAAUUUAGACCACUACAGUCUAUUCUUUUAGAUACAAAAGACCCAGGUUUUUUUUUUGACCUCUUUAUGUUUUGUUUUUGGUUUUCGAAGGAAAUAGUAGGCUUCUUUGCCUUUACUCCUCAGAGUAAAGGUUCUAGGGAUGAGGAUCCUCUGCUUAUUUGAUGUUAGAGAAGAACUCUUAUCAUCUUUGUGUCUUUCUGUAGACAUGUUAUAAAUACUUUUUAUUCAAAUAAGAUUUUACAAAGAUUUAAAAAACUACAAAAACAUAGAAGAAAUAUAAAAGGGAAGAUUAUAAAGAGGUCAAAGAAAAAGUAAAAAUAACAAGAAGAAAAAGUAACCUAAAGAAGCAACUUCCAAUCUUCUUUGCAGCAAUUACAAAGAUAACAAUGGGCAUCUCCACCCUCCCAUUUUGCAUAUCUAGAGUUCUUUUCUUCCUAUAAACAAAUCUUUUUAAUCAAUAAAUCUCAAAAUUAGGAGUUUUUUUUCCAUUUCCAAUAAAAAAAAUCUACAAAAAGUUUCAAUCUUUUUCCAGUAGUUGUAGUUCCAUUCUUAAUCAAACAAGUCAAUACAGCCAUUCACAAGCCAAUCCUCAAUUGUUGGUGUUUCUGUGGUCUUCCAUCUUUGUGCAUAUAACUGCCUUGCUGCAGUUACCAUAUAUAGUUCCAGUUGUCCAUGAGCUGAUAGACAUUGUGUGCACCCGUGUGUGUAUAAUAAAACAAUGGUUAAGAAAAGAGUCACCAACAUAAAUAUGCGCAGCAAAUCAGGAUUACCACAAAAUGACAUCACGCAAAUGAUAUUAUGAUGCAAACUUUAUCUGUGUAUACUUGCAUCAGAUGUUGUGAUAAACAAUUCCACUUAGGUUUGCCUCCUCAUCCCCUGCAGAAACCUCUGAUUACCAGAUAUCUCCAUCCUGCUCUGUGGCAUUAGCAGCAAGCCUUGAUUGUACCAAAAUAACCUAAUGUGAAAAGUGAUAUGAAAAAUCCCUCUCUAUGUAUCUUGAUUGACACAAAUGCACUGUUGUGGGUUGUGCUUGAUGGCACAUGUCUUUGUUAUGUAUGUACACACACACACACACACACACACACACGCACAUCAGACACCUGUCUGUUCCUGCCCUAUUUUAAACUUCCAGAAGUAUCAUGACUUCAUAAGUGACUCUUAUGAAUCAAGAUUCUCCUGUGACAGAUACUUCCAGAAACAUUUAAAAACUUGUAUUGUCCUACUCUACUGUUGAAAAGGAAGGUUGCGUUUAUACAUACUAGUGUACAUGAAAAGUGGGGACAUGAGAUGAAAAGAAUAUAACUUAAAAGUACUCAAAAUCUAUACAACUAUAUCACUCAGGUUGUUAUACAAUUCAAGAAACUGGCAUGAAAAAUAAUGUUUCCAUUUUCAAUUUUAAGAGAAAAACAAGUUUCAUGUUUUAAAAAAAAGUGAUAAAAUGUUUCAUCCAGGUUUAUUUUAAUUUAUAACAGUAAAAAAUAGAAUUUAAUAAAUAAGUUUACAAGGCUCAUAAUAGCCAGUAAUUGCACUGCUAUUAUUAUCCUGCCAAAGUUCUAAACUUCCUAAUAAUCUCUCAAAUUCACUAUAAAUACCCUAAAAAGUACAUUAAACUUGUAUUCAUCUUAGGUAUAAUUAGAUUAAUUUGAAUAUUUUUAUUAAUUCAGGGUUAUGAAAUGGUUUUGCUAUGUUAUGUGCAUUUUAACAUUACAAGAUCAAUCCUAGAUGGUGAGAAGGACCAAUUAUUCAGGACAGCUGUUUCUGUGCAGCUAGGAAAUGUGUAUUUUCACAUAGCAUCAUUAAUGAUCUCACUGGGGAAGUUAAGCCUACUUUUGCACUUCCUUCCCUUUUAAUCUCCUUCAUUGGAUGGCAAUGAUAGAGUCCUCAAGGUAUCUUGGGAUUAACUGCUCCCUAAAUUUACACCCAGCAGCUUAUGUCUACUUAUGAUCCAAGAAGUUGCCUCUUGAUACACCAAGUCAGGAUGUCAGGAAAGGGGAAUGAGGUAAUAGACUCUAAUGAAAAAUCAAGUCAUUAUUUCUUUGGAUGAGGAAUUGUGUUAAGCGCUGCCAAGGCCAUUUCAUGUUGACAGUUCCCCACUGAUGAGGAAAGAGACAUUUCAACCAGAAUUCAACAAAAAAGAGCCAGAAUGAGCUGAUGUGGAAGCCAAGAAACUUUGCUCUUGGGCAGAAUCACAUUUACUGCUGCUCUGGCUGCUCCCUAUUGCCAUGUCACAGCAGUAGAAGCUGAAUUAUUCAACGCUUGCCUAUUGUGGAGCUAAAUCUGUCUCCAUCCAAGCAGCACUCUCAUUCCUUUUCAUUUUCCUGUCUCAGUUAGGCAAGGAGCUGCCAGGUAUCAAUCUGUUUUCCUGUGCCAAAUGCCACAAUGAGUGAAGAAGUGAGGUACUAAAUGUGUCUUUCUGGAAGGAGUGGUGACACUGGAAUGCUUUCAGGCCAUGCAAAACUCCUCCAUAUUAAUUACUCGUAAAUACAUUCGAAUGAGGGCAUUUCCUACAUUUAGGACAUUUUCUUCUCAGUUUUAAGAGUGUGUAGUAAAUACUUAGCAGAGCAGCCACAUGUUUGGAAAUAUUCAGUGAAUGCUAACAAGUUGCAUGUUGAGUAGAGGAAUAACUAAAUUCAACCAAUUAUCUUCUGAAAACUCCCCUGUUUGGUAUGACUUUGAACUUGGCUUUCUUGUAAGGCAUUGCAGAGAAAUGUAUGAUGUAAUGGUGUGGAUGAAGUCCUCCGACACAUAGGAAGAAUGCAGCGGUAAAACCCUCUCUUUGACUAAGUACAUCCUGUGGUUCUGCUUAUGACUGCCUGUUUCACAGACUGUUUGCUGUGACUAGAAAACCACAGCAAAGAAGAAAAAGGGAGUCUUGGGGGAUUGGGUUGAUUUGGUUGUUAAAUCCAGCUCUACCAUAAAGUGAAUAUGGUGUGUUAAUGUGUGCAAUAGGGUGCAUUUGGUGGAUAUCCGGUUGGGAAGUUCUGUCAAUCCUGUCAUCGGAUUGGCAAUUUCACCUAUGCCAAUCUCCAUAGGUAGAGAGCUACCAGCCAAGCAACACCAGAGAAGCCUUUGUGCAAGACCGAAAGAGCCAUUUGGAACAAGGAGGCGUGAUUGCGUAAAGCAGAAGUGCUGGCUGUGCACUGACAGUGAUGGAUAGAUUUAGUUAUGGGGUCGCUUGACCCUGCUGCUAUUCCUAGCAGUAAAUUAGAUAAUUGCACUUCCAGACCCGAUAGGAACCGUUUCAUUCUCUGCUGUGACAGUUCUCUCAUCAAUUUUUCUUUUGACAAGGGGCUUCAUCCCAGCUACAGAGUCAGCCUAUACACCUUCCUGUAUAUUCCUCGGCUUAUGGCACAAUCAAGUGUUAAAAUAGGAAGAGUGGGACGUUCGGCAUCAUUAGCAGGGCUGGUGCUGACACUGAGGAUGCCCCAAAAACCACAGGAUGCUCCCAGAAAGAAAAAAGCACUUCUUAUGGCCCCGCAGUAGCUGCGUUUGCAAACGCAAGGAUGAUUUCUUGUACAAGCAUGGAGUGGGAAGAAGAGAUCAGAUAGCUACAGCUGACUGCACAUUAGAGACACUUUAGAACAGCCAACAGGUAAAUUAGCUCUUUUCAGCAAAGGAAGAAAUAUGUCGGGAUGCAUUCAAAUGGGAGAGGGGGCUGGGUGAAGUCAGGGAAAGGAAGUGCCAUAUUAUACAAUUGUUAGUUAAGGUUCAGUGUGUUCAAAUAAGUGUUAAUAAAACAUUGCAGUCUUGACCCAAGUGAGAGGUGGCUGUGACUCAGUGGCAGGACAAAUGCUUUGCAUGUGGCAAUCUCUUGUCAGAAAAGACUGGCUAUGUUUGGCUAGUCUUAGAUCUAUUGCACUUUCCUGCUUUCUCAUACAAGAGAUUUACCUCUAUCCCUGAAUGGGUUUUUGUGCGUCCACAUCUAUUUCCAUUCUGCUGUUCCAUUCUGCCCUUCUCUUGCUGACUUACUUAGCAGCCAGCAGGAUAUUGAAAUGUACAUAUGGCACCUUUUCUUGGACUCAUUGGUAAAAUCCAAGCAGGAGCGAUAAAAAAGUGAUGCAUUCUCUUGCCCCCCAAAAAUCAUUGUGUUCACUCCCCAAACCUUCCAAUGUUAUGCAGAAUUGAUUGCCGGGAAGUUUAUUUUGUGUGUGUGUGUGUGUGUGUGUGUGUGUAUACACACACACACACACACACCAGUAUACACACAGAUACCAGUAAACACAUACCGGUACACACACGCACAUACGCACGAACACAGUAUACUAGAACAUUUUCAAUGAUAUUUUGGACAAUGGUACUAGGGUAAUGGCCUAAUCCUCUCAAAUCACAUCUAAGUUUUCAUACUCCCAUAGAGCAAAAUCGAUAUCAUCUUCUGUCAUCUAAACUUUGCAUCAGUACAUUCCGAUUGGGACGUUAUUCCACUUGUGGGCUCUCCAAGGGUUGUUUCUAAUAAGAGCAUGUAAGACUAUUCACUAAAAAUAGACUUGCCUUUGCUUCCAGAAACCUUAGUCCAAAUAUUUUUAAACAAUGAUGUAUAUUUACCAACACCAUUUCUUUUCACAAUGUUGUUUUCUUCCAUUUUGUUCCCAGCAUUAAUUUUUCAUUGUGAGGUGGUAUUUGCUAUGGUGGUCCAAAUUCAUUGGAAACCACAGAACUGUUUUAAAAAAAAUCAUUGGCAUUUAACAAUGUUUUUAAUAAGAAGAUAAUAAGGACCAGAUAGAAUGUGCACAUUUUAUGAUGAAACAAACAAGCGUUAACUAUGAAGAAAAACCAGUACUAAACUGUAUAAGGCUUAGAUACUUUCAUUUUUAACAGAAGCAAAUAUAGACUUGCAUGCAUUCAGUUUGCAAGAAAAUGGGAAGUCCUUGAAAGAUUAUGUAUUUUUUAAUAUUGCAACAAAUACUGUAUGUAUAAUAUCCAUUAUAUUCAUUUAACAACAUUUCUUUAAAUAAGUUUGCUUGUGGCUUCCGUUGAAAUGUUUUGGUUACGCCUUUGACAAUAAAAAUUCCCAAGCACUUUGGGUUUUAACCAGU